UACAAAUUGUCCAUUAAAACGAACAGAUUUUCAUCAGGGUCUUUUAAUCACAGCAAUUAAUGGUGAAGAGUAGACUGUAGAUAUGCUUCCUGCACCGGCGGUUUUCCACUUUCCCUGGGAACUCCAUCCUAAUGCAGUGGAGGAUGGAGCAUCUGUCAGAACUUUUGGCAGACUUACAUAUUACCGGCCUGAAGAAUCAGUGGCUAUCUUGACUUCCCAACAUGCUUCGGUGCAAUACCAGGUCUCAGUUCGAACAGGGUUCGUGGAGCCUUUUCACUCAAUAUUGGGAGCUCAAUACUUAGUUCUUGGAGAGAUAGAAAAGGCGGAAGGUGAGAGUGCAGUUACUGUUCGUGCACGCAUACUGAACUGUGUGGAUGGAGUAGAUUUGGCUGUUCUGCACCGAGCCAUAACUGAACAAAGGAAUUUCCUCGAGAGGAGGCUCAUGGAGACUGAUUCCCAGACAUCCCACACAUAUAAUGACUGAUAUCUUUAAUCAUGAAAAAAAAAAAACACAGCACAUUGAAAAAUGGGACAAGUGCUGAUGUACAUGCUGAUGUAAUUGUGGGACUCAUUGUCUGUAGAUCUAAACUUGUGCCUUGCUCCAUCUGAAGUGGAGCACAAGACUAGUCUUUAAUCUCACGUCAAGGACUCUGACAUAGAGACUAGACAAAAACAUACUACUUUCAGGUGUUGAACAAAGUAGCAGGCAUUGAAUGAUAUAAAAAUGUGACACAAUGUUAAAUUGAUAAUGAAUAAAUUCAGAGUGUUUUUUUUUUAUUGGAAAUGUGGAUGUCAACAUUAUGUUGGUCUCCUUGCUUGAACCAAAACUGCUGAUUCUGAGAUUUGGCCCCUUGGUUUUAAUUACUGAAAUUUUAGACCUGAGCAUUCAAAUCUGGUUUGUAUUUAAUUUAAUAUGUGGUCUGUAUGCUGUAGCUCAAAUGUGUAACAUUACAAAGCUCUCAAAUUUGUACCCACUUUCCACCUGACACAACUCAAAGAGAUUAGAUGUCAAGUUCAUGCAGGCUAAGUUUCUAUUCACUGUCUGAUGCACACUUGUCACUUCAAAUGAGGAAGAACUUGAAAAACAAUUAUGUUUUGUGAUACUGAAAGAGAAACAUGGACAUUCUGCGCAGGGAAUGUGAAUUAUUUGCAUAUCAUGAACUUUGAUGUUUGAAUGAUACUGUGUGUUGUCUCAUGUUAUUUAUGUUCAUAUACAUCAACUGUUUUUCU